AUGGCCGCCAACCAAAUCAGGGAUAUCCAAACGACCUUCCACGAUGAAGAAAACAACCUUCUUUUCGAGAAGAAUGUCAGCAUUCCCAUCCCCGAUUCCGAAUAUCCUGUCCGAUGCAACAUCUAUCGACCGUUGAGCUCCCUCACCGCGGCAAAGCCUGCCCUCCCGGUGAUUAUGACCUAUGGGCCUUACGGAAAAGAUAUCGAAUAUAGCAAAUUUCAUCCACAGUCAUUCUCAGAGGUAGAUCCGGAACAGAAAUCGAAAUAUUCCGCAUGGGAAACGCCUGAUCCCGUCUUCUGGACCUCACACGGCUAUGCAGUUGUGCGUUGUGACGAGCGGGGAUUUGGACAGUCUCCUGGUUUUCUUGAUUCCAUGUCUAAGGAUACAGCCGCUGCUUUUUGCCAUGCUAUUGAGUGGGCGGCACAGCAGCCGUGGUCCAACGGCAGGGUUGGCCUCCUCGGCGUCAGUUACUUUGCUGGCACCCAAUGGCGUGCCGCGGCUGCGCAACCACGCGGACUCUCUUGUAUCAUUCCCUGGGAGGGCAUGUCCGACUAUUAUAGAGAUCGCUGCCGACAUGGUGGAAUUCUCUCCGACGCAUUCAUCAGAUUCUGGUGGGAUCGUCAAGUCAUCACAAACCAGUAUGGGCGGCCAGGUAGGGCAGCAGCUGGGCGAGGUGAUGAUACCAUCGAGGGGGAUCUAUCAGAGGAAGAGCGCCAGAGAAACCGGCGGGACCAGAAUGUCGACAACGAAGUGCAUCGUUUCCGGGACCAAGACUACUACAAGAGUCGCGACUUCAAGUUGGAAGGCAUCCAGGUUCCCUUAUUGUCGGUCGCCAAUUUAGGCAAUACCGGACUGCACCUGCGUGGAAACGUGCUGGGAUACAUGUUCUCCAGCUCAAAGUUCAAGUAUCUACGAUUUUUAGCCGGGAGACAUGAUUUGCCAUUCUAUUAUAAAGAUGAGGUGAAGCUUCAGCUGAGCUUCCUGGAUGCGUGGCUCAAGGACCAAGACCAGGUUGGCUGGACCGUUCCUGGAAAGGUAGCCCCUCUUUUCCAGCGUCGGGAUGAACAGGAAUGGCCGAUUGCUCGCACGGAGUAUGUGCGAUACUAUCUCAACCCUCAACAUGAGCUCACGAACGACGGAAACGUGACGAGGCUUCCUGAAUCGAAGGUCACUUACAAGGCACUGGGGUCACUUGACGAUCCGCAAUUCGUGACAUUCUCGACUAUAUUUCCCAAGGAAACAGAAAUCACUGGCCACAUUGUGGCGCAUCUGAACGUCUCCGUGGAGCCCUCGGUAGAGCAACAGCAGUCAAACCCAGUAGCGGAGGCAGACUUGGAUCUGUUCGUGACAUUACGACAUCUUGACUCCCAAGGACAGGAGAUCCUGUACACAGGUGCUGUUGGUGACCCAGUAUCUCUCACCAAGGGCUGGCUGCGCUGUAGUUUGCGGAAAGUCGACGACAAACAUCCUCAACAUCGCAGCUAUUUGCCCUACCGCCAAUACUUCUCUACUGACGAAGAGCUUCUUACGCCUGGUAUCAUCUACGCGGUCGAUGUCGAGAUCUGGCCCACUAACGUCGUAAUGAACGAUGGCGACACUCUGGUUUUAGAGAUUGCAUCUGGUGACACUGCAGGUAGCGGGUUGUUUAGACAUGAAAGUAAAGUAGACAGGGACCCGGCGCGGUUUGGUGGUUGGAACAACAUUCAUUUUGGCGGAGGGAAAUCGAAUUACCUUGAACUGCCCAUCAUACCUCAGAAAUAUUAG